GGGAAGCGCAGCUGUUUCCUGGGAGGAGCAGAAGAAGCCUGUGCUGAAUCUGUCAGUCACUCACAGAUGCUUGCUGCAUACAGUCCUGCUGAGGAGAGCUCAGCCUGUAUACAUUAUUACUAUUAGCCAUACACCAUGCAGUAGUAACAUGGGCACUGGGCCUCUGCAGCAGGACAUGCACCGUGCAAAUAUCCAAGGAACCGUUCACACAUGAAAGAUCCAGGAAUCAAGGCGGAACAGGCUGCUCACAACUGCUUGUGUCAGGAAAUCUGGGACAACCGGAUAGACCCUGAGGACUCACAAAGCUACGGGACUGCAAAUUUUAGCUUUUAAAGGGUCAACGAGAAGAAGAACAUUUGCUGGAUGAAAACCUGACAUCAUCCUCAUCACCGUCAUCUGCUGCAAUCCCAGAUUCCAUCCCACCAGAACCUGUAUGGAUGAAAGCCUGGAGCGGAUCGCCACCAACUAUGCUUCAAGAUCCCAUGCCUAGAGAAUAAGAUCUUGUGGACCACCCCCCCCGCCCCACACACACACACCUGGUACCUGCAGCACCUUGGAUAGACCCAGGGGCAUCAGAGGCAUCUUAAUGUAACACAGAGAUGAAAUGACUUCAUAAUUUUCCAAAUAUCACAUCGCAUCUUCUUUCACAAGAGCAUCACACCUAAUUGUGAGCCACCAUGGGGACAGUCCUCUCAGUGUCCCCAAGCUACCGCAAGGCAGGACUCUUUGAAGGGAGCUCCUCAAGUGUGGCCCAUUACACUGCCGUCCAGAACAGCAAGAAUGGAAAAUCUCUGAAAAGACAUUCCUUCAUCUCUGUCUUGCCCUGGAAGAGACUUGUAGCUGUCUCAUCUAAGAAGAGACAGCCGAAGAAAGGUCAAGCCAAUGGUAGUUACCAGAAUAAUGUUACUCAUCUCAACAGUGAGAAUCUGAAGAAGUCUUUGUCUCCUUCAAAUAUUUCAAGUUUCACACAAGACUCUAAAGAUUCCACUACUAAAGACUCUGUGUCCUCUGGUAACAAGACUGUCCAACAGCAGCAAGUGCACUCCUCUCCAAAGCGAGUGGUGGUGCAGGCAUCCACUAGCGAGCUGCUACGAUGUCUAGGGGAGUUCCUAUGUCGAAGGUGUUACAAACUCAAGCAUCUUUCCCCUACAGAGCCUGUACUGUGGCUAAGAAGUGUUGACAGAUCUCUUCUUCUCCAAGGGUGGCAGGAUCAGGGCUUCAUCACCCCAGCCAAUGUGGUCUUUCUUUACAUGCUCUGUCGAGACAUCAUAUCUUCUGAGCUGAACAGCGAGCAAGAACUUCAGGCUUCUUUGUUAACUUGCGUCUAUCUGUCAUAUUCCUACAUGGGCAAUGAGAUCUCCUACCCACUCAAGCCCUUCCUCGUGGAGAGCUCAAAGGAGGCCUUUUGGGACCGUUGCCUUUCUGUCAUUGGACUAAUGAGCCCAAAGAUGCUGCGCAUCAAUGCUGACCCCCAAUAUUUCACUCAGAUCUUUGCUGACCUUAAAGCUGAAGGUGGGCAAGAAGAGAAGAACCGGCUGCUGAUUGGGUUGGAUCGGUGAACUACAUGGACUGGCAGAGAUGGACAAUUGACUGUGUUAGGGUUUAGUUAAGAGGCUCUGUAGCUUAGUUUUGUAUUUCAUUGAAAAGACAGAAAAGGGCAUUGCCGUAUGAAAGCGCAAGGUUUAAAUUUUUUUUGGGGGGGUUCUCUUAUGCCCCUUAUGGUGGCAUUGCUUGACAGGUCUCAAGCAGGAAUAGGUCUUUUCAUUGCAAUGUUCUGCAGGUUUCUGAUAAGGAAAAUGGAUUAGCACUGCUGGUAGUUUAGAGGUACAACGAGUCUUAUCACAGAUAUCACUUUGUUCCUGUCCUCGUAAUCCUCCGGUUUUGCUUCAGGUUAAUUUCUGAAUUGCUAAGUCUCCAUAGACCACCUUAAUGAACCUGAUUAUUCACCAGUCAUUGGCAUGAAAACUCCAGACCAGUUGUUUUAAGUCCAUAAUGCCAUGCCAUGCAGUGCAGGGCAGGAUUAGCAUGAACUCCAGAACUAUUUAGGUCACAGAUGGAACUGUAAAUGGUUGGGACUCACACAAGAGUAAAACAGCUUAACACUUUUCUCCCCCUCCCCAAAGCAUGCAGGACGAUCCUUAGAAACCCUACACCAAGUCCUGUAGAUGCUUCUAUAUGCUGUAGGAAAAAGGGGGUGUCUGACCGGUCUAGGAAUGGAAUACCUGGGUUGGCACCACUAGGUACUUUUUAGAAAAGGCAAACAAAAAUUGGUGUAUCCAGCUCCCAAAAAAGGUGAAUUAAAAUAUAACUUUUAAUAUGGCAUUUAA